ACUUGGAGAGGAUCCUCCAAGUCUGUGCCCCGCGCGGUAUGUUGCGAGACUGUCACCGUAUACUCCCCGCUCAAUCUUGACGGAAUCUGGGUCUUUAUGACCGCGCAACCUUCCACGGCCGACGCUGGUAUGCCAGCUGCCCAAAUACCCGGCGGGCUCGCAAAGCACGAAUACUUCUGGCGUGAUCGACAGCCAUGGCUCCAGGAGCGCGGGUACAUGUUGCGCCCACGGUAUAUGCCAGAUUGGAAACCUUCUUGGCUAGGUACGGACAGGGACUAUGAGUUAUGCGAGGACGGUCAAAGCACAAUGGUAGAUACCAUCCUUGAUGCCACCCGGCAGUCGGAUGGUUCGUUGGUGACGCUGAAGGCGGUCGACACUGGCGUUCACCCGUUCGAGGUGGCCAUAGGGCAAUUCCUGUCAUCUGAGCAACUAGCACAGGACAUGAAGAACCACUGCAUACGCGUCCUCGACGUAUUGCAGGAUCCAAUGGACCCGAAGAAGUCGAUUAUUGUCAUGCCUUUCCUCAAGAUCUUUGACGAACCGGAAUUUUCAACAAUCGGAGAGGCUGUCGCGUUCUUCAAGCAGGCGAUUGAGGGACUACAUUUCAUGCACGACCAUCAUGUUGCUCAUCGGGACAUCUCCAUCUUGAACGUUAUGAUGGACGCCAUGCCGAUGUAUUCAAAGAAGCUAUGGCACCCUGAAGUCUCAAGUUUCACUCGAGACUUCUCCGGCAAGGCAAAGCACUGUAGUCGCACCGAGCAGCCACCAAGAUAUUUCUACAUUGAUUUCGGGUUGUCCCGAAAAUACGAGCCUUCGAGCGGUCCGCCACAAGAGUUACCGGUAUUUGGUGGCGACAAGACCGUCCCCGAGUUCCAAGGAGAAGGCUACGACGUACCUGCCGACCCUUUCCGUACCGACAUCUACUAUCUUGGCAAUCUCUUACGAAUAACCUUUUUGAAACCCUAUCGUGGCUUCGAGUUCAUGGAGCAGCUGGUGCAGGACAUGGUGCAAGACGACCCGCAGAAGCGACCGACUAUCGCAGAGGUCGAAACUCGAUUCAACGAGAUAUAUCGCCGGCUUUCGUGGUGGAAGCUCCGGACGAGGCUCGUACAUCAAGACGAGAGCGGCUUCAAGCGAGCUGUGCUUGGUAUGCUGCAUGUCUUUCGGACAGCGAGGUUCGUUGCCAAGCGGCUGCCUUCCGUACCGAUUCCUUCAUAAUCUGCACGCUCAUACCCAUCCACCAUACUUUGCGCUAUCAUCUGCUGUCGAUCUACUUACUGCUGGAGGAUAUCACAUUAUUUGGCUAUUGGCUUGACUCGUCACCGCUGCGCAUCUGUUGUCAUCAUUCAUUCUAGACACCUGGGCUCUGAGACAGCACUACGCGCGGCUCGGAUCAAUGCUAAGGUAGUGUUCUUGCGUCUGGCUGCGCUGGACCUGGCCAACAAACUAUCCCUUCCAUGGGUCGUCUGUCAU